CCGUUGCCUGCUGCAGUUGUGACAGGCCCUGCUGCCAUGGAGCUGGCCCUUAGGGCUCAUCCCGUCCUGCUGCUGCUGCUGCUGCUACAACUGCUCCAGCCGAUCCCGGCCGCCGCUGGCCGGGUCCACAGAGGACCUCGCCAUCGUCCAUCAUGGAAACUAGCUGGAGCCUGUACUUCAGAUUCUGCGACGAAGCAUCCGAGGAAAGAGGGCAAGGAGGCCUGGGGAUACGUGGACGUCAGGAGCAACGCCAGCAUGUUCUGGUGGCUUUACUAUGCCGACAAUCGCUGCAAGCCGUUCGCAGAGCUGCCGCUGAUCAUGUGGCUUCAGGGAGGGCCCGGGGGCUCCAGCACCGGAUUUGGAAAUUUUGAAGAAAUUGGUCCCCUCAAUAAGGAUCUCAAGCCCAGGAAAACCACCUGGGUGCAGGCAGCCAGCAUCCUGUUUGUGGAUAACCCCGUGGGCAGCGGGUUCAGCUACGUGAACCAUAGCGACACAUACGCCAAAAACCUCUCCACCGUGGCUGCUGACAUGCUGGUUCUCCUGAAGACUUUCUUUGAAAAACAGACAGAAUUUCAGACUGUUCCAUUCUACAUCUUCUCCGAAUCCUACGGAGGAAAAAUGGCUGCUGGCAUUGCUCUGGAACUCCAUAAGGCUAUUCAGCAGGGCAGCAUAAAGUGCAACUUCGCUGGGGUCGCCCUGGGUGAUGCCUGGAUUUCUCCACUGGAUUCCGUGCUGUCCUGGGGACCUUAUCUCUACAGCAUUUCCCUCCUGGAUGACCAAGGUCUAGCAGAGGUGAUGUUGGUUGCUGAGCAGAUCAAGGAUGCCAUAAACAAAAACCAGUACUCUAAGGCCACCCAGCUGUGGAAUAAAGCAGAGGAUAUCAUUGAAGAGAACACAGAUGGGGUGAACUUCUAUAACAUCCUAACAAAAACCCCUGAAAUUUCUGCCAAGAAGAUGAGCCUGGAAUUUUCCCAGAGCCACCUAGUCUCUCUUUUUCACCGCCACGUGAGACAGCUGGAGGAGGACAGCUUAAGCGCCCUCAUGAACGGACCCAUCAGGAAGAAGCUCCAGAGCAUCCCUGACGAUGUCACUUGGGGAGGGCAAUCUUCCUUGGUCUUCCUAAAUAUGGAGGAGGACUUCAUGAAGCCUGUGAUUGACAUCGUGGACCAGCUGCUGGAGGCCGGGAUCAAUGUCACCAUAUAUAAUGGGCAACUGGAUCUCAUCGUGGACACCAUGGGGCAGGAGGCCUGGGUACGGAAACUAAAGUGGCCCCAGCUUGGCCUGUUCAGUAAGCUGAAGUGGAAGGCCCUGUACAAUGACCCACAAGGUUGGGAGACAGCUGCGUUCUUUAAGACCUAUCAGAACCUGGCCUUCUACUGGAUCCUCAGGGCCGGACACAUGGUGCCGUCGGACCAGGGAGACACGGCCCUGAAGAUGGUGAAGAUGGUGACCCAGCAAAUCGAAAACUGAGAGGGGCAGGCGGUCGGGAGGCUGCCCAGAUGUUUACCAAAGCAUCUAACAAUUUUUUCCCCCCCUAAGGAUUUUGUAACCUGCGUAAGAUCAUAUUUAUUGAGUGCUUACUGUGCGUAGAGCACUGUACUAGGCUCUUGGGAAGUCAGCAAUAGAGACGGUCCCCGCCCACAGUGGGCUUCCAGUCUAGGAGGGAGGAGACAGGCAUUAAAACAAGUAAACGGGCAUCAAUAUAAAUAGAAUUAUAGAUAUACACAUUGAAACAAGUAAACUGACAUGAAUAUAAAUAAACAGAAUUAUAGAUA